CACACGGAACACAGCGGCCGGCUGCGCCCGUCUGACUGGAUCUACAAUCCUACAGGGGGAACCGAACACUCCCGGCCCACCUUACAGCUGCAAAUCCCACCUUUCCUCCCCGGCUCCGGUUCGAGGCUGAGACAUGAAUAAUACCCGUCUUUCAUUGUGGAUUUUUCUGCACUGGGCACUGGUGCUGCUGGCGUCCGGACUCGGAGAGAAUGCGGUUCUGAAAGAUGGAGAGGAUGGGUUGAAUAAACUGUCGAACGACAACAAAUCUGUCCAAGACCACAUCAAGUUCAACAUGCGCAAGAGUCUGGAUUUUGACCAGGAAGGCUGCUACCUGCAAGUGGGCAACAAGGAGGGUCUGCAGGAGUGUGGCUUCAACGCCACAGCCAAGACCAUCUUCAUCAUCCACGGCUGGACGAUGAGUGGGAUGUUCGAGAGCUGGAUGUACAAACUGGUCUCUGCAGUGAUGCAGCGGGAGAGCGAGGCCAAUGUGGUGGUCGUUGAUUGGAUACCCCUGGCACAGCAGCUGUACCCCGAUGCAGUCAACCACACCCACAGCGUCGGCCUCAGCAUUGCCUUAAUGCUCAACUGGCUUCAGGAUGAGCAACAGCUACCCUUGGAGAACGUGCACCUGAUUGGCUACAGUCUGGGGGCCCAUGUAGCAGGCUACGCAGGAACAUUCGUACAAGGGACCAUCGGCAGGAUCACCGGUCUGGACCCAGCGGGGCCGAUGUUUGAAGGUGUAGAGGAGGAGAGGCGACUCUCCCCAGAUGAUGCGGACUUUGUCGAUGUUCUGCACACCUACACCCGAGAGGCCUUGGGCAUGAGUAUUGGAAUCCAGCAGCCAAUUGGGGACAUUGAUAUCUAUCCUAACGGAGGCGAGGUGCAGCCAGGCUGUACACUGGGGGAUGUGCUUGCAAUGGCGGGGAAUUUCAUGGAGGUGAUCAAGUGCGAGCAUGAGCGUGCCGUGCACCUGUUUGUGGACUCCCUGAUGAACAAGGACCACAUGAGCUUUGCCUUCCAGUGCACCGGCCCCGACCGCUUCAAGAAGGGCAUCUGCCUCAGCUGCCGCAAGAACCGCUGCAACAACAUUGGCUACAAUGCCAAAAAGAUGCGCAAGAGGCGCAACAGCAAGAUGUACCUGAAGACACGUGCAGAUACUCCCUUCGGAGGCUACCACUACCAGAUGAAGAUGCACGUGUUCAACAGAAAACAGUCCGACAACUCAGACCCCACCUUCCACGUCAAAUUGUACGGCGGCCAUAACGACACGGAAAACAUGUUUAUUGACGUCCCUGAUGGCAUCAGAUUGAAUCUGACCAACACCUUCUUGGUGUUUACCGAGGAGGACAUUGGCGACCUGCUGAAAAUCAGUUUGACCUGGGAGGGGGCAGGUGACUCCUGGAGCUCUGUGUGGAAAAACUUCAAGCAGUCCUUCUGGUCCUGGAAUAGCACGCCUGCCAAGCCUGUGCUGGAGGUGCGGCGGCUCCGUGUAAAAGCUGGAGAAACACAGAAAAAGUUUACCUUCUGUGCCCAAGACCCUUCAAAGACUGAAAUUUCUCCGGGGGAGUCGAUAACCUACGUGAAAUGUCGUGAUGGCUGGGAGGUGAAACCGAGAAAACGGCUGCCGAUGUAAGGAUUUUAGCACUUCCAACAAGCAACGCAGCACCGCCAUGGGGACCUGGGGCAGAACAGCAAGAAGGGACCGCCUUCCUGUCAUCUGAGCACUUUGACUGGAGGAUUGAUCAGCACGCAGUUGGAGGGGCCCUACUAUUUCGGGGGUUCUUUAUGCACCUGGACGGUUUCCAUUGGUCCGUGGUAACAAUGACUCUGGGCUUGCACGGCGAGGGACAGCAUGCGGGCGGCACAUGAGGAGGGCCUGAAAGCGUUGGAUUGCCUGCAGAUUCAAACAAUGUUCCUUUUUAUAUGGACUAUAGCUGUCAACUUGGAUUAGUGAAGUAGUUUACAGAUCCGUGUCGGUGGGACAUACACCAGCAAAUGUAGUCGCUUUACUGUACAUUUUUAAAACGAGAUUUUAUUUAUGAAGAAUGGAAGCACUGCAAGACCAAGCCUAUUUAUCUAAGCACACCCAAUACUGAAGCACAUGUUGAAUGCAUUUCCCCGUGUGUGUGUGUGUGUGUGUGUGUGUGUGUGUGUGUGUGUGUGUGUGUGUGUGUGUGUGUGCGUGUGAGAGAGAGAGAGUGGGCCUGUGACCAAGAAGCGUGCCUUUCUGCUGAGAGAGAUUAUUGAUACACUGUAACUGAAGGAUAUGAAAUGAACUCGUUGCACAUGGUCUUUCAGAGUUUCUGUGUUGUAUUGUAU